AUGAGGCCCGUUCUUGCAUUGGCCACGGCCCUGCGGGUCUUGUCUUUUCCAUGUCUGUCUCAUGCCCGACCAACUGCAGAUGGCGAUUUUCCUCCAUUGUUGGACGCCACUCUCGCUGACCUGCGGCUCGGUUUGGACAGCGACAUGUUCACCAGCGUCGACCUGGUCACCGCCUACAUCGAUAGAAUCUUGGAGGUCAACUCGGUGCUGAAGGCGGUCACUGAGAUCAACCCCGAUGCGCUUCUGAUAGCUUCCGAGCGUGAUGCGGAGAGGAGGGCGGGCAUAGACCCGGCCAAGCAGCCUCUCCAUGGCAUCCCCAUCCUUCUCAAGAACAACAUCGCAACGGACGACGAGAUGAACAACACCGCGGGCUCAUACGCACUGCUGGGGGCCAAGGUCCCAGAGGACAGCACCAUCGCCGCCAAGCUGCGCAAGGCCGGGGCCAUCAUCCUCGGCAAAGCCAACAUGUCGCAAUGGGCUGCUUCUCGCGAGCUGGUCAGCCACGAGGGCUGGUCGGCCCACGGCGGCCAGGCAGUUGGCGCUUACUUCCCAAAACAGAACCCUAGAGGUUCGUCUUCGGGGAGUGCCGUGUCUGCCUCUCUCGGUCUCGCAUGGGCCGCGGUGGGAACGGAUACUGGCGGCUCGAUCCUCUUGCCUGGGCAUGCAAACAAUGUCGUCGGAUUCCGCCCCACGGUAGGACUGACGUCGAGAUACCUGGUGAUUCCGUAUUCAGAGCGGCAGGACACCGUCGGGACUCUGACCCGGACUGUCAAGGACGCCGCAUAUCUCAUGCAGGCCAUGGCCGGGCCUGACACGCGGGACAACUAUACAGACGCGAUACCCUUUGACGAGCUGCCAGACUACGUUGCCGCAUGCACCGAUUCGGGCCUCAAGGGCAAGCGGCUCGGCGUGUCUCGCAACACAAUGGCGGCAGACAUUGACCCGACGGCCAAAACCGACCCGGAGGCGUUUGAGAGAGCGCUGGACGUGCUUCGGGCAGCCGGUGCCGAGAUCAUUGACGACAUUGAACUGCCCUGUACUCAGGCAUUCGCCAACGAUCUCCAAGGCCAAGACCCCCCAUUCUCCAUCGUUGCCGCCGUCUUCUCCAUCGUGGGGGCCGACUUCUUAUCCGACUUGCCCACCAAGUAUCUCGACCUUCUCAAAGAGAACCCGAACAACAUCUCCUCAGUCCGAGAACUGCGAGAGUUCACCAGGGAGAAUCCUCACGAGGGAUUCCCACGGUUCGACACCGGCUCCUGGGACAACUUCCUCAGUUUUGGCAUCAACAACACGGCGCCGAGUUACUGGUCCAACGUCACCGCCAUCACGGAGUACCUCGGCCCCCUGUGCUUCACAGGGGCGCUGGACAAGUACAAGCUGGACGCAAUGGUUCUGCCGACACCGCACUCUGUUGUCAUGGCUUCUGGCCUGGGACUGCCCGUGGUCAGCGUGCCCCUGGGACGCAGCCCGGACGAUACGCCCAUCAUCGAGUCGGAGCAGGGGAAUCUGAUACUGUCGGCCCCCAACGGCCCAUUCGGCAUCGCGUUUUCGGGGGCUGCGUUCAGCGAGGAGAAGCUGUUUGCGAUGGCGUAUGACUUUGAGCAAAGGAUGAAUGUGCGUCCGACCAUUAAGCCUUUCAUAUCGCCAAAGACGGAACUGGCUCAAGUGGUGCGCAAGCGGUGCGUGGGCGACCGGGGAGGUGCCUGUGGGAAGGCGUUCACCUAA